AUGAAGAGAACAAACAUUCCAGAACGCUACGUGAUUGUCAUUUUGACCUUCAUCUGUACUUCUGUCUGCUACAUAGAACGUGUGGGUUUUUCCAUUGCAUAUACUGCUGCUGCUGAUGCCUCGGGAGUAAAUCAAUCGAGCAAGGGUAUGAUACUUUCGACAUUCUAUUAUGGGUAUGUGUGUUCACAAGUUCCGGGUGGUUGGGCAGCCCAGAAAGUUGGGGGAAGGCGUAUUCUCCUGCUUUCAUUUGUUUUAUGGUCUAUAACUUGUGCUUUUGUGCCACUUGAUCUGAACCGAGUUACGAUAUUGGUCAUAUCCCGCUUGCUUGUCGGAGUUGCCCAAGGCUUCAUCUUUCCCUCCAUUCACACUAUACUGGCACAAUGGGUACCACCACAUGAAAGAUCAAGAUCUGUUUCUCUGACAACUUCAGGGAUGUAUUUUGGUGCAGCUGCAGGAAUGCUUGUGCUUCCGAGCCUGGUCAAGUUUCGAGGUCCGCAAUCGGUGUUUCUUGCUGAGGCUGCUUUAGGUGCCAUUUGGUCUCUACUUUGGUUUAAGUAUGCCGUUGACCCACCUCGUUCUGAGCAUCCAAAAGCCACUGCUGCUGGAUUUGGAGAAUUAUUGCUGCCGAUUAAAGGGAACCAAAAGACGAAAGUAGAGAAUGGAGGACAUUCCAACAGAACCCCACAAAUUCCAUGGAAGAAAAUUAUUUUCAGUUUGCCAGUUUGGGCAAUUGUGGUGAAUAAUUUCACUUUCCAUUAUGCUCUUUACGUUCUCAUGAACUGGCUUCCAACAUACUUUGAAUUGGGCCUCCAGCUUAGUCUUGAAGACAUGGGAUCUUCUAAGAUGAUGCCUUAUUUCAACAUGUUUCUGUUCUCAAAUAUUGGCGGGGUAAUUGCUGAUCACUUGAUUACCAGGAGAAUCUUGUCUGUGACUAGAACAAGAAAGCUUUUAAAUACCAUAGGAUUUGUGGUGGCUUCUUUUGCAUUAAUGGCUCUUCCCAGGUACAGAACACCUGAUGGAGUUGUGUUUUGUUCUUCUGUGGCUCUUGGUUUCUUGGCACUGGGGAGAGCUGGAUUUGCAGUAAAUCACAUGGAUGUUGCUCCAAGGUAUGCUGGAAUUGUAAUGGGGGUUUCUAACACAGCCGGUACUUUAGCUGGCAUUGUUGGGGUUGAUCUUACUGGUCGACUUCUUGAAGCCGCUAAAUCUGCUCAGUUGGAUCUCACAAGUCCGGAUAGCUGGAGAGCAGUUUUUCUCAUCCCAGGGUCACUUUGUAUCUUUAGUUCAAUAUUGUUUCUUCUAUUCUCCACUGGGGAGAGAAUUUUUGACUGA